UGGCAAAGGAAAAGUACCAAGUAACGCUACCAGUCUUCUAUCAUGUUCAUGGCUAAGGGAAAACAAACACACCCAACAUCGCUUAGUCACAGCCACUCUGCUCUCCCCUCGACCAUUCCACUUACCGGCUUCAGAACCUUGUUUGGGGUCGUAUAUCCCGCAACCUGUCUCCUAUGCCUUGUUCAAACAUGCCGCUUCCGCUGCCCUCUUUUCUUGUAUCCCAUCAUCCGCCACCUCCUCAUUCUCUUCCUCCUCGCUCUAUCCCUCCUUCUCCUCCUCCGCUUUCCUUUCCUCUUCCGGCGUCUCAUCUCCCUAUUCACUCUCCUCUCCUCCCUUCUCAUCAAUCUCUGUUCCUUCUCCCACCACAGAUCUUCAAUCUCAUCCCACAAAUCCUCUUCUUUCUUUUUCCCUUCCUCCAACUCCCGCAGGAGCGCUUCCUGAAAUUGCCUUCCUUUCUCCGAAAGGACCACUUUGUGGUCCUUUUGCAACGCCUUCUCAAUCUGCUCAAGCCGCCUCUGCGUCAUCCGCAGAUGGAGCUUCACCUCGGAGUGCUUCUCUUCCUAGUCAAAAAGCAACUUUUUCAGCGCCUGCCGGAAUUCUCGAUCCACUGCCUCUCCCACUCUUCUUCCACCAGCUGGUCCGGCCCCAACGACUCCAGCUCGUCCAGCCAGCUCUGCACUUCCAUCGCCGACCACCACACCGAAACGACCUUGUCCCGCGCCGCCGCUGCCGCCGCUUCCGCUUCCUCAGCCCAGUAACACCACCACUGCUCGUAUCCAAGCAGCCACGCCAGCCAAU